ACUUAGUCUGUGUAUGUCCACGGCGUAAGUUAGCCUUCAAUGUCUAGCCAAGCCCACACGCAGUUCCUCGAAAAAUGGCUAACCAUUUGCUCCGGCACAACCACCACGGCCACCGCCAAUUCCACCGCUAAAACCACCGCACGAGCCAUCGUCCAAGCAUGGACCACUCUCCGCGACUCUCUUCAAUCCCCUUCAGCCUUAGAUCCCCAACAAUUGCACCAAAGCCUUCAAACCCUAAUCAAUUCCCAGUCCUCUCUCCACGUGGCAGAACCCCAAGCCAAGCUCCUCCUCACCCUUCUGCAAUCCCCCACCUCACGCCGCUCCUUUCCCCUCCUCCUCACACUCCUUUACGUCUGGGUUCGAAAAUCCCCCAACCCCAAUCCCACAAUCGUUGAUUCCGCACUCACAAUUCUCUCUUCGAAUGUCUCCGAUGAUGCCAUCUUCCCUGAAAGUCUUCUCCUUUUGGGCGCUUUCUCCUCCUCGCACACCGUUUCUGAGAAAACCAAGACUCUUUGUUUGGACAUGAUGGUGAAACUGUUAGUGGGGUUGAACAAGGGUAAACUGUUUUCUGAAAUGCCGCGUGUUCUUGCUGGAAUUGGUUACGCUUUGUCGUCUUCAGUCACUGUUUACUGUGUGGAGAUGUUGGGUUUGCUGUUUAGGAUUUGGGGGAAAGGACAGGGCUGUGUUACUCAUGGACUCAUGGUUCUUUAUAUGUUUGAUUGGGUUGUGGAGAAUUUGAUUGGUUUUGGGUAUUCGGAUAAGAUGGGUGUUUUGGUUCGAGAAGGUUUCGGGAGGUUUGAGGAGGAACAUGCUUCGUUUGCGGUUUUCAUGGCCGCGGUUGGAGUGUUGCGGGCUCUGGAGAGACGAGGAGUGGGAGCUGACCUUGUUUCUGGAAUGGGGAAGGAUUGUGUGGUCGGUAGGAUUGAAGGUUUGGUUAGUGAUUUGGUUUCGAGGAGGUUGAGGUUUGGUUAUAGUGGUGAUAAUGAGGACGAUGUUGAGGAAGACAGGUGUUUGCUUCGGUGUGCGUCGUUAGGAUUGACUCGGACUGUAGCAUUUUCGCUACAUUCGUCUUUGUUUGUUUGUCUUGCUUUAGCGUUGUUAACUGAGAUAUUUCCAUUGCCACGUUUGUAUCAAUCGGUGUCUGAGAAGUCGCGUGAGUCUAGUGGUGUGGAGCUUAAGGAGAUCAGAGAACAUUUGAAUGGUGUACUAUUCAAGGAAGCAGGAGCUGUGACUGGGGUGUUAUGCAGUCAGUAUUCUUUAGCUGAUGAAGAAAGUAAGAAUGUGGUUGAGAAUCUUAUGUGGGAAUACUGCCUGGAUGUCUACUCUGGACACAGGCAAUUGACCGUGAUGCUUAAGGGUGAGAAAGAUGAGUUGCUUGAAGGUUUGGAAAAAAUUGCAGAAUCUGCUUUCCUUAUGGUUGUGGUGUUUGCUUUGGCUGUGACAAAACACAAGCUGAACUCCAGUUUUUCUCAAGAAAUACAGAUGGAUGUCUCGUUGAAGAUACUAGUUUCAUUUUCUUGCAUGGAGUAUUUUCGCCACGUCCGCUUGCCAGAGUAUUUGGAGACCAUUCGCAAGGUGGUUGCAGGUGUUAAGAAUGAACAUGCUUGUACUUCUUUUGUGAAUUCCAUGCCCUCUUAUGCUGACUUGACAGACAGUCCAGACCAGAAAACCAAUUACAUAUGGUCAAAGAAUGAAGUGCAAACGGCCCGCGUUUUGUUUUGCCUACGAGUCAUUCCAACUUUCGUUGAAUGUUUGCCCAGUCUCGUGUUUAGAAACGUCGUAGCGCCAAUUAUGUUCUUAUAUAUGGAGCACCCAAAUGAUAAAGUAGCUCGAGCCUCUCAUUCUGUGUUCAUGACAUUUAUGACUAUGGGGAGGGAUUCUGAAAAGAAUGAUGAAGCGAAUGACGAAGCUUCAUUGAAGGAGCAGCUUGUUUUCCAUUACAUGCAGAGAUCCUUAUUGGGAUAUCCUGGUGUUACUCCUUUUGAGGGUAUGGCUUCUGGAGUUGUAGGAAUGGUCCAACAUCUUCCUGCUGGAAGCCCUGCCAUCUUUUAUUGCAUUCAUAGUCUCGUUGAAAAAGCCAACAAACUCUGUUCUGAAGUCUUCACUUAUGAGGCUGAUGCGUGGAAGAAGUGGCAAGGAGAGCCAGAACCAAGCAAGAAAUUAAUGGACUUGCUUUUACGCUUAGUUUUCCUCGUUGAUAUACAUGUCUUGUCCGACUUGAUGAAGCUGUUGGCACAGCUGAUCACCAAGUUACCACGUGAUGCACAGAACAUUGUUUUAAAUGAGUUAUAUUCACAAGUGGCUGAUUCUGAUGAUGUUGUCCGCAAGCCCACACUGGUUUCAUGGCUUCAGUCAUUAUCUUACCUUUGCACAAAGGCCACAGAUCAAAAUGCAACCAACCGAAAAAGUGAAAGUGGAGAUAGUCUAACUUUGGCCAGUAUUGCAGAUCCAUCAAACAGCGGAAGAAUAACUGCACGACUCUAAGUAACAGAUUCAGAUACUGCAAGAACCAGAACCAGAUGCUUGUUUGAUCGGCCUUCAAAGACCUGGGUCUAGGCAAGGAAAGGGACUGUUCACUGUUAUAAUCAAUAUUUAAUGGUUGCCAAGGAAGAAAAAGGCCAGACACAAAUCAAGAUGUGAGCUAAAUUAAAAGUCUGGUUUCCGUAGCGAUUAAGAAGAUUUUGAAUGCUACUGGUGCAAAGUCUAAACUAUGAAAGCUGAAAGUGAGUACUCGUAGAAGUAGCUCCUGCGAAGCCUGAUUGACUACUCCCAAAAGUGAAGCGAGACUUAUAAUCCUUCCCCGUGCUAUGGCCAUAGAGUGCCACUAAAGGACAUGGUUGUAGCUGUGUGGUUAUCUUGUUUACCUCUGGUAAACCUGAAUGGAUAAUCAGAUAAUAUCCUGGCUGAUUUUUUCGAUAAAAACAGUUCAUUUCACCUCUUCCGGAAGAGUGUUUUGUGGCGACAUUGAUUUAAAAUGGAUGUUGUGCAGCGAUUGUACUGUAGCCUCUGCUGUAGAUGCUGCUGAAUACUCUUUGAUGUGUGUUAAUAAUACUGAUUCAAAAUGACUUUUGUUUUGUCCAAUUUUGGUCUGAUGUCUCUGCAGAUCUGGAAAUUCUGUAUCCCACAUACUCUGUAUGUAGUACUUCCGUUUAUGUGGAUCAUGGGUGUGUAUAGAGUAAUGCUAGGACAGUAUUUGUACAAAAUUUCAUCACAGUUUGAAGUUUAUAUGGUUUUAGUACA